CCACGUGGCGAGCGUGCUAAAGCAAACAGAUCUCAGGGCACUAGGGCUCCAGCAAAGUUUUUGAGCGCGAAUGGAACAUUGGGUGUUGACAGGUACGCUAGCUAGAGUAGAAGGAAUGUAGGAUUAAUAGUGAGCUCGGUUCUCCCGGUGGUGAGAGAUGAGAGGCAGGCGGAAGCACUGGUCUCUUCAGCAGGUCCUUCAGCUGUGCCAGCGGAAGACCUGCAUCCUACUCCUUGGACUCAUCUCCAUCGGCACCUUCGCUAGUCUCACUUUCCAUGGGGCUGGAAGACCCGUUCUUCGAAGAAGCCUCCCGGUUACGGCGGUUCUCGACUGGCUUAGCUUCACACCACCGAGUCAAGAAGAGGAGGACAGGAAUGUUGUGAGCAAGAAGUUUGAGUUUGUCAUCCAGGUUCUCGCGUACGACAGAUAUGACUCGCUACGAAGAUGUUUGAGGUCUCUGGCCAUUGCAGACUACGGCAGUGACACAGUCAAUCUUGUUGUGCAUCUCGACCACUUCAAGCCUGUAGCAGCAGCAGCAGCAGCAAACGCGUCUAGCCGAAGAUUGUUGUCUCAAGCUGACAACAUCGAGGACUAUGGUCCAGCAAGCGUUAAUAGCACUGAGGUCGGGGUGAUCAACAUGCAAGAUGAAGCUGAGAUCGAGCCAGAAGAGAUAGAGCUAAGCAGCGAUCCCGUGGAAAGGAAUUUACAGCAGGCUCGGCAGUUGUUGAAUUUUCUGGACAGGUUCAAGUGGCCGCACGGUUCUAAGCAGGUGCACUAUCGAACGCAAAACGUUGGUCUUCAAGUUCAGUGGCUGGAAGCGUGGUGGCCUUCAUCCGAUCACCAGUUUGCUCUUGUCGUCGAGGACGACAUGCAGUUGUCUCCGUUGUACUACCGAUACGUGCGCAGCGUCAUUGCUAAGUAUUACUACGAUCCCGCAAAUUUUGAUCCUUCCAUUUUCGGCAUUACACUUCAGAGGCCGAGGUUUGUUCCAGGUAAAGGAGGAAAUCGUAUUGCGCUGGACAACAGCACCCGUUUGUUUCUUUACCAGCUUGUUGGAACAUGGGGACAGAUCCUCUUUCCAAAACCCUGGAGGGAAUUUCGGCAGUGGUUUGACGAACACAAAACCAAAGAGAUCGAGCCAAUUAUAGACGGGAUGGUUACGACAGACUGGUACAAGAAACUCGGCAACAACAUAUGGACGCCCUGGUUUCUGAAGUUCGUCCACUCUCAUGGCUAUUUCAACGUUUACACAAACUUUCUCAGAGGAAGAGCGUUAAGCGUUUCCCACCGGACUCGAGGUGUCAAUUAUCACAAGGAUGCUGGACCGGACUCCAAACUGAUCAAGAGACACGGGACUCCUGAUAUCGACAUGUGGGAAAUACCGGCAUUAUCAACGCUCAAAUGGUACGACUACUGCUUCCACCAGGUUUUCCGGAACAGGCUUCUCAAUGGCUUCAAACACCUGGAAGCGCUACUCUCAGAUAUUCACUCGGAGAAUGAAGUUAUCCUGGUUAACAGCGUUGGUGUGGACGACGGACUGGUCAGGAACUGGCUGUGUCAAAUGGCUGUUUUGAGGACGAAGAAUUAUCUCCUGCUGGGACGAGACUACAACACUUCGAGUGAGCUUGCGAGACGAGGCCAUCCUGUGUUGCUGACUGACGAAACACCGGGAGGAGACGAAGAGAAAGAAGAUGAUCACGGUACAAUCUAUUCGAUCCGAGCGAUGCAGCAGAUUAUAGCGAUGGGAUACAGCGUCUGGUUUGCGAGACCCGACGUUACUUGGCCCAGUCAUCCUCUGUCAAGCAGCAACACGAGCGUGGACGAGGAGAUCCUGGCAGUUCUAGUCGGGAAGAGCUUCCACAGUGGCUUGUUCUUCGCGAGGAGCUGCGACAAGACGAAGCUCUUCAUGAAGACGCUAGAGGAGUUACUUCGCGAGAAAAAGUUCUCGCUGGGGAUGGCUCUGUGGAGCGGUGCCGGGAGCGUCAAAAUUGGAGCUCCAGCCGAGACUUUGGUCUCGAAGAACUGGACAGCGCCGGCAGGAGCUCGAAUUUUGCUUCGUCCGGAGAGUUCUCGGGAGAAAAAUGGGACGAAGCAAGCUUUAGAAGCGGCGGGCCUUUGGCUCGUCGACGAGGAACUGGCUUGCAAACAAGUCAUCUGUAGAGCCCGAUCGCGACCGUCGAUUCGUGAAUAAUUCUAUCGGUCGGUUGAGAUUGGAGUAA